CCUAUAAUAUGCUCCUCUUUUAAAAGAGAAAAAAAAAAGAAAAAGCAAAGAGAGAGAGAUAUAUUUUUAGGGUUUAGAAACAAGCAUAUGAUGAUGAUCGCACGUAGCAAACAGAGUAAAAAUACCAUGACUACUAAUCCACAAACCUCUAGCAGCUAUGAUGUACUCCCUCUUGAGUUGGUGAUGGAGAUUCUUGGGCGAUUGCCUGUGAAAUCGAUAGCUAGGUUUCUUCUAGUAUCCAAGUUAUGGGCUACCACCAUCCGCAGUCGAGAUUUUAUCAAAUCUUUCCCGCUUGGGUCUUGUUCUUCUCAUGAGCCUCGCUUCCUAAUCGCCUUCAGUGGUGGUCUAGAUACAGAAGAACAUUGGCACUUCUUCUCCUCGUCUUUCAUCUCGCGUUUAUCAUGUCCGAUACCUAAUUCUUUGCAACGUUCGCAUUACGUUAAAGGAUUACUAUGCAUCGGAUGUGGUCGAGAACAAUUCAUAGUUAACCCCACCACCGGUAAGUCCAUAGCUUUACCUAGAGUCAGAAUCAAGAGAAAGGUCGCAAUAAGUUAUUUCGGAUAUGAUUCAGUCAGUGAUCAGUAUAAAGUAUUGUGCAUGACGAAAGCAUAUAAUGGUGGUAAUUCUCUAGAACAAUCGUCUCAGCAUCAAGUAUUCACAUUGGGAGAUAAGAAACGAUCAUGGAGAAUGGUAGAAUGUAACAUUCCUCAUCGUCCUUGUUCUAGCGGUGUGUGCAUAGAUGGCGCUAUAUAUUAUAUGGCUGAAACGGGCUCUAUUAUCGAUGUGUCGCAACGCAGCUUAAUGAGUUUCGAUUCGAGGUCUGAAAAGUUUGAUCUUGUUACUGGAUUGUCCCCGGAGAUUCUACAAAAUGAGAAUAAAUAUAGCCACCUGGUGAUUUCAAACUUGGAAGGCAAAGUAGCAAUAACCACUCAAACAUCAAGAUAUACGUUUGAUGUGUGGGUACUUAUGGAUCAAAAUGCUGAAGAAGAAAAUAAAUGGUUGAGGAAACUUACUUUCAGCGUUGAACCUUGGGAGACUUUAUUUAAUUCUCCUUCGGUAUUCAUCAAAGGCAUCACUCAGACGGGUGAGUUUAUUUUGGCACCAUACCAUUAUUACAACUCCGAUGAUGUUUAUGUUGCCCUUUACAACCACUACACUGAUACCCUUGAAAAAGUUAAGGUCCAAAGAAGCGCAGAAUAUUCUUUGCGUAAUCAUGCGCAAGGAAUAUUUUUUUCGGAUUACGUAGAGAGUGUUCGGUUUUUGUAGAAAAUGUCGACAGUUCAUGAUGUCUUACACCAUUAUUUGUUUUUGUUUUUGUAUUUUUUUUAUUAGUGCUAUUUCAUAAACUAUGAUCACCAUAUUUUCUAAAA